CCGCCGUCGUAGAGGGUUGUACAUCGCGCGGGCAUCGAAACGCGUCGAAACGCGAGGCGGUCGGAUCGGACUGACUCGCGAAAAUCGAUCGGCGCCCCGUCGCGUCGUCGUCCUCUCUCUCCCUCGCAAGUGUUAUAGCGGCGUGCCCGCGCUGCGAGGAAGCGUGCAGCGCGUCGCACGCGACAGCACGCGUCGCGAAAAGUGGUCAUCGUCGUCGUCGUCGUUGUCGUCUUCGUCGUCGAGAAAUUCGGCCGUCGGACGGAACGGAAAAUCAGCCGAGAGAGGGCGAGAGACGUGAGUGCUCUCUUCUAUUCGUUCUCGCGAAAAAGCAACCGGCUCGAUCGUCGACCGCGAGUACCGAAGUGCAAAAGGAAGAGACAACAGGAAAGAGAGAUAGAGAGAGAGAGAGAGAGAGAAAGAGAGAGAGAGAGAGGGAGAGAAAGAGAGAGAGAGUUCAAUCGCCCCGUCGAUGCCGGCCCACGAUCGUUAUCGAAAUCGAGCGAGGGAGUUUCUUGCCGUUCUUGUGAGUGUGCGAUUCCGCUGGAAAAACGACGCGAGGCAGGACGAUGUCGAUAGGGGUGUCGGAAUUCGGCAUCGAGCGACCGGUGGCCGGUGGUAGAGCCAAGUGCACGAGCCGCUCGCGAGGUGCGUGUGUGUGAUCGGUAGCUUUGAUUGGCGUCCGGUCGAAAUUUGGAGAAAUCGAAGAUAACAUAAUUUGAGACUUUCGACGGCGAAGGCGGAAGCGUGCGAACGAUCGGUUUGGUAUGUGCCUGUAGUGUACGUGAAUGUGUAUGUGCAACUGUGCGUGCCACCGCAACGAAUCGUCGAAGCUAUCAAUUACACGUCUGUCGUAAAGGUGAACCGAUUAAUACUGUUAAAGAGCCGCGACGAGCCGAAUGGUUCUCGAAAUUUUCGAAGCGGGAAAUUAAAUCGACGGAUGCGCAAAGUCGUGGAGCAGGGAGAAGCGAAGAUAAACGGCUGUACACAACUAUCUGUAUCCACUGUGAGGAGAUUGUCGCGCUGCUAAGCAGCGAAAGAAAUGGUCAGGACAACCGGCGACUUGAAAAAAUACAAUUGGCCGAUUUGAGGACGAACGAAAGUGACUGAAUGCAGCUCUAACAGAGAAUGUAAAUAAUCAGAUGCAGUUAUGAUGACGCGAUCGUUUUAAAGCGACGCACGGCUAUAGCCGUUGCAUCGAAUCGUCGUCGCCGAGAUGUCCCUCUGUGGAUGUGGAUGGAUGUGGAUCGAAAAGGAAAAGUAUCGAAUGUGAGAAGAAUCGAUCCUGCGAAUGCGAAUCUUGAUCCGAGAACUGUAGACUGUCGUUACAACUUGAGGAAUAAAGUAUAUAUAACUCGUUUGAGUUGUCUCCAUUGCUUUCGCGUAUUGACAACUUUCCCGACACCGGGAUAGCGAGAGUAGGAGUAGGAGGAGUGGCGGAGGAGGACGAGUGCGCGACAAUAACGCGAAUGAAUUCGGGAGGAGACGGGAUAAGUAGAGUGGAUCGAAAUUAGAAUCGUGUGCAGUCAGUGGAAAAUGGUCGGCGCUUGAUCAGACAGGACUGGUCUCUCCCUUCGCUCGGGCUGCACUACUUAAAAUGCACUUUAUCUCACGCCAUAAAAUCCAUCUCCGUGAAAUUCCGUAUCGCCGUUGCGCCGUCCGGAGGGGAGCGCUCGACGAGUGUAUUACUGUCGGCGGAACGACAAUAACGUCAGCGUGCUAACGACAUCGAAAAUAAUUUGUCAUAAUCGAUCAUAUCAGAGUCCACGGGAAUUAUCGACAGUAUCGCGACGUCGCGCGCCGGAUGUUUUCGAAUGUCCAUCUUUAUUUGAGCCGCCGCCGCACAUGUCCAUUUGUGAUGCAUGACGGCGAAUAAUACGAAAUCCCGCGCGAUUUUUUCCCCUACGGGAGAAAGAGAGAUAGAGGAACGACAGACUUCGGACUAUAAUCGACAACGACAAUCGAUGGAUAACAAAUCGCAGUGAGAGUGAGAAUCGCGAAAAUUGACGAGUUGCGAGCGGCGCGAAGAUCGCGGUGACACGCAAACAGAAACUCAAAUAUAAGAGAAGAAGCAGCCGGCGGAACGUAGAUACGUAAUUGUAAGAUAAUUAAUAUAACGAGAAGACAACGAGCACACGAAGUUAGAUGCAACGAUAUAACUAGAGAGGAAGGUGUAACACUGAGGAAGCAUAAUCGAAAACUUUAUCAGACAACGACCACGUGAUAGGAAAGCGAUCACGAAUAUCCGCUGUCAAACUUGAUACCGCAACGUAUUCGAAAACAGCGAUACCAUACGUCGAGGGAGCGAUUGAAGAGAAGAUAAAUACAGUGACGGCAAUAAACACCGCGACGUAAAACUCAGACACUUUAUCGACAGGUGGCUAUCUGUACGCUUCGCGAGUGGGCUUUCGAACACGAAGAAUCCGCGCUCGGUUCGCUGAGCGUGUCCUGCGUCCUUGCUUCUGCCCGUCUGUCUGCCUGCGACCUACGGAGGAUCGCGGGGCGGGCCAACACGCAACUCACGGCGUUCGAGGCGAGCCAAAAGACGACGGGGUCCUCUCGACGUGGAAUGACAAUAAGGGGGUGCUGCACCGACGGGGUGGUAUUAUGCGGGGUACGGAUUUGAGCGUACCGAAGUGCCCGGCGAAGGUAUCGCCCUUCGGGAUGGCACUCGGGACACUGGCCGAGAUAGCAGUGAGACUCGUGAUCGGCGGCUACAUCUUCGCCGUGGUCGUCUGCGUGAACGCCAGCGACAACUGGGAUAAGGACGACGACAUAGUGUCCACAUCUAAAGUCAGCGCCGUACUUGGUCGUACUGCCACUUUGCCUUGCGACAUCGAGCCGUCCACGCGAGAAGAUCGCGUCUACAUGGUGCUUUGGUUCCGCGAUUACGCGAUGAAGCCCAUUUACAGCUUCGACGUGCGGGGACGGGCUUUCAACAAGGCCCUGAACUGGUCGGACAGCACCGCGGUAGGGCCUAGGGCGUACUUCGUCACCGUGACGAAGCCAGCCGCCCUUUCGUUGGAGGCGGUCCAGCUGGACGACGAGGGUAUCUACAGAUGCCGGGUGGACUUCAAAAAUUCUCCGACGAAGAACUUCCAAGUGAAUCUCACGGUGAUAGUACCGCCACACCAGCUGUUCGUUUAUGAUCAUUCCGGGGUGCAGCUGGAGGAGGUCGCCGGACCGUUCGAGGUCGGCGAGGAGUUCGGCUUGUCCUGUGAGGUGAGAGGAGGGAAACCAACGCCGGUGGUGAGCUGGCUGGUGAACGGCAAGGAGGUGGACGGCAGGCUCGAGGAGUUCGGCCAGAACAUCGUCGUCAGCAAAUUGACCGUGCCGCAGCUGCGAAGGGAGCACCGCAACACCACGUACAAAUGCCGGGCGACCAACACGCAUCUAAUUCCUCCGUUGGAGAAGACGGUGGUCCUCGACGUUUAUCUGAAACCGCUUAACGUGAAGAUAUUGUCGAAACUAACGCUUCUGGAAACGGAGAAGGACUACUCCAUCACUUGCGAAACGACAGGAUCGCAUCCUCGAGCUCGCAUCAUCUGGCUCGAAGGGAACUCUACAUUUCGUAGCGGCAAGAUAAUGGAGAGCGGUAACGCUUCGGUGGUCCUGAGCACGCUGAUAUUCUCACCCGUCCCGGACGACCACGGCAAGAUACUGAAAUGCCGAGGUGAAAAUCCCGCCCUGAAAAACGCGUUCUUGGAUGACACCUUCAAGUUGAACGUCGUCUUUCCGCCUAAAGUGCAGCUGCAUCUGGGCAGCACCCUGAACGCGAAGAACAUAAAGGAGGGCGACGACGUGUACUUCGAAUGCAAAGUACGGGCCAAUCCGGAGCAUCACAAAAUCACCUGGCGACACAAUGGCGCGAUGCUCACGCAAAACUAUUCGGCCGGCAUCAUCAUGAGCACCCAGAGUCUGGUGCUGCAAAGUAUAGGUCGCGACAACGCGGGCAAUUACACGUGUCUGGCCAGCAACGACCGCGGGGAAACGACGAGUCCGAUCGUGACCCUGAGAGUGCAAUUCGCGCCGGUUUGCAAGAUGAAGGAAGUGACGAUCAUUGGAGCCUCCCUCGAGGAGUCUGUAAAAGUACGCUGCGAGGUGGACGCCGAUCCAAGCGAAGUCGACUUCGUCUGGGAAUUCAACAACAGCGGUGAGAACUUCGAGGUUGCGCCGGCCAAGUUCGAUGGCAACAAUGGCACGAUGAGUGAGCUCGUCUACACCCCGGAGUCCGAGAGGGAUUACGGCGCUUUGACCUGCUGGGGUAGAAACGCGAUAGGGAAGCAGGAAGCGCCCUGCAUCUAUCAGGUCAUUCCGGCAGUGAAACCGAAUCCACUGAACAACUGCACCAUCAAGGCCUCGUUGAAUCAGAGCGCGGAGAUCUUGGAGGUGGAGUGCGUGCCGGGUUACGACGGCGGACUCCACCAGGAGUUCCGGCUGGAAGCUUACGAGGUGUUGACUGGCAAUCUCCGGGUGAACGCAUCCAGCGUGUCGGUCGAUCUACCGAUCUUCCGGAUCGCCGUGGCAGAUCUGCUGCCGGCCACGCAUUUCUACCUGGUGACGUACGCCGUGAAUGCGAAAGGCCGUAGCGAAGUGUCGCUGUUGGAGGACAUAAUGCUGCGGGAUUCGGAGAAGCACACUGACACUGGCGUCAGCAUGCUGCCGCUGAUCUUGCUGCUGAUCGGCUGCCUGAUCGCCUUCGGGGUGACGGUGCUCUCAGUGAUGCUGAUGAUGUAUCGGCGUCGCGGCACCACGUCGCCGGUGCACAUCGAGCCCUACAUGAAGCAGCCGAUAAUCACCCCGCCGGACUCGCGGAACAACUCGAUGUUGGACGUGACUCACGGCGACCACACGUACUUUGUCGAGUACACGUUGAAACAGGUCACCGAUUAUGCGCUCAAUAAUCAGCCGGAUAUCAUACAGUCGCCGCAAGACCAAGAGAAGAUCAAACGCGAGCCACAACUGUUUCUGCCGGUAAGACCGGAUACGUUAUUCGCGCCCUACGACAUUCACAAGCAGGGUCUGCAGACAAACAGAUGCAGUUUAAACCCGUUCUCCGCGAAGUCUUGGGAGCCCAUCAGCUUCAAAGCCGAUCGCAACCUCAUGAAGGAGAUCAUCAUCGCCAAUUCCAUACCAGGUCCCGAGAGCUGCGUGUAAACUCGAUUGUGAGAGAGUGAAUCGAGAGACUUACGCGCAAAAAUGCACACAUUUACGAACAUUCAUAUGCAUACACAUGCAGUCAGUGGAAGAAUGGUAGCAACACUUUUACCUCGACGAACCUCGGAAAGCAUUCGGCAUCCGAUAGGGAAACUUAUUUUCUGAAAGCGAUUUUCACACUCCGAUUAAAUAAAUUGACGAGUAAUCGGCAAAACUGCCAAUAAUAAUUCCCAGUUACGUGAGCUGUCGUCUUAACAAUAGGUAAAACAUUUUUUGUUAAUAUAAGUUACAAAGAGGAAACAAGAAAGAAUUUUCUCGUUCGUUUUGACGAUAAACUGUAUUUUAUUUCCUGUGCUGAUGAGUUCAUCAGCUGAGUUAAUCUUAGCUACUAUCUUAAUCAGGAUGUAAUGAAAGUUAUCCUGUUAAUUAUUAAAAAAAAAACCAAUUCUCCUCAUCGGAAGCGGAUACAUUGCGAAAUUCUCAAAAGAGAAAGAAAACUAUUGAGAGACUUUUCUUCCGCUGACUAUACAGAUGUCACACACGUACAUAUCACAGGACGAUCGAUUUUGAAAGCCUGAAGACUAUCGCUUCGCGGUCGAGAAAAACUGGAUCGCGCGCGUAUCAAUGCGAAAUCAACGAAUCUCUCACCGUCGCCUAUUUCAACGCGCCGAUGUGGUGACAUAUCACGACGAUAUCGUAGCAGACAUAUCAGCAAUCGUAUCGUAGCAUAUCGUGGCGCGAUAGCCGCGACCAUCUCCCAAGAUCAACGAUCGACGGAUCCCUGGAUCAUCGAUCCGGAAUGCGAGAAUCGCACGGGAGCGGACGAGGAGGAGAGUCCGCGGAUCUAAAGACAUCGCGAGGGACGAUUUAGUCGCAUAACUUAACCGAACGCUACACGUGGUGUACUAUUCCAAGUUUAAUAUAUUUUGUGUCAAGUCUU